UAGAACCGGAAGUACGGCAGUUUGAAGCGUUCAGCGGGAGGUCGUGUUUCCACCCGGACCGGGACCAGAACCAGGACCGGGACCCGGAGCAGCGACCCCCCCAGACCUCAUGGACCCCCUGCAGCGGCUCCUGGAGCUCCUGAAGCCGGGCAGCGAGGCGGAGUCCACCUGGAUAAAGGCCCUUUUCACCUUCAUCACAGAACACCUGAGCCCCGUCACCUGUGGCCCCUCCCCUCCCGCUGCUGACGGCUCAGACACAGGUGAGCUCAGUGUGUUCCAGCUCAGUGUCAGUGUGGUGCAGCAGAUCCAGGAGAGGAUGUGCGUCGCUCACUCCUUACCUGUCAGCUACAGGCUGCUGUCCGUCUCUGAGCUGGUCUCCCAGCAGCACCUGGCCUGUGUCAGCAACCUGUCCUGGAGCACCAAUCAGCAGCGAGCGUGGGCCAGGGAGGCGGAGCUAUCUGUGCCUGGACAGCGGGCGCUGCCGAAGGUCAACCUGCUGCUGAUUGGCUGUCUGAGAGAGGGGCGGGGCGGAGAAUGGAGGCUGACGGACAGCAGCGGCAGCGUCAGGUGUGAGUGCCUGUCUCCCUCUCCUCUGUGGCUGAAUCGUCCCGUGUUCCUCCCUCAUUGGAACUACAUCCCCCAGAAUGCCUCGGGGCAGGACGAGGCCGGAGGCUGCGUGGAGCUGAUUGGUCCUCCUGUCCUGCUGUGUCCUGGUCCUGAGCAGGGAUUGGCUGCCAGUGUAGGGGCGGUGCUUAUCAACGCCUUGGGAGUCAGAGAGGCUGCAGGGCUGCUGCUCCACAGGGUCAGAGGGCGGCGGCUGGCGGUGUGGGGGCAGGUGGGUUCAGUCUGCCCUCUGCUGGUGGUGGCAGGAACUACCUUCUUCUGCUUCACUCUGACCGACCAAUCACAGUCCGUACCUGUCCUCGUCAAGGACAGCAGCAGGUUGUGUUGGUCUCAGUGUGUGCAUGUUGGACAAAGCGUGUGUGUGACGGCUCUGCGUGUGUGUGUCCUGCGAGGCUGGAGAGGAAACAACAUCCUGUGUGUGACGGAGCGCUCUGAACUACACACAGACUACACACCAACACACACUGACUACACACCAACACACGCACACACUGACUACACACCAACACACACCGACUACACACCAACACACACACACACUGACUACACACCAACACACACUGACUGCACACCAACACACACUGACUACACACCAACACACACACAAGAACACACACAUACUGACUACACACCAACACACACACAGGAACACACACACACUGACUACACACCAACACACACACAGGAACACACACCUGCUGGAAUGGACACGCCCCUGCUGAUGAUGUCACACAGCGAUGAUGACAGUGAGGAGGCAGAGCCCAGUGUCCAAUCAGGUGUGAGGAUGAAGCAGUCCAGAGUCAUCAGUUACCAGGGCACUGUGACUGAGGUGGUGAGUGAGGGGGCGGGGCUCUACGUGAUUGACGGGAAGGUGGGUCUGUGUGUGGCCUAUCAGCCGACGGUGAGGAGGAAGCUGAGAGCAGGAGACCAGGUGGAGCUGCAUCACGUCCACUUCCUUUUCCGGCCCUGCCCCGACUUCCCUCCCAGCAUGCUUUGCUGCUGCCUCCGUUCCAGCCUGAAGGUCACGACCUUCAGCAGGCUAGGAUGGGCAGGGCCUGUCCUCCGUUGUCCUGGAGAUGGAGCGUUGCCACGGUUACUGCUACAGGGACACAGGGGCGUGUCUGAGUACCUGUGGGCGUGUCACCUGAGCUCGCAGCUCACGCACAGUCUGGUUCCAGGUGUGUUGAAGCAGCAGUGUGUCUGUCUGCUGUCCUGGAGGCUGAUGGAGACUUUAUGGGGACGAGGAGGACAAAGACGGAGAGACAUCUACUCAGAGAUGCUGGACGAGCCUCACACCUGUCCUCUGACACAGUACACUGUGGACUCUGCUGUCCCUCAGUACAUCAGUAUAUCAGAGCUUUGUCAGUCUCUGCAGUUGGACAGUUGGUCUUCAGUGUCUCUGAGGUCUCUGCUGCCCCCUGAUGGACAGAGUCUGUCCUCGUCCGAGAUCGACGCUGCCCUGUCCUGGUCCUGCAGGACUCUGUCCUCUUAUUCAGGAGACAGUCUCAGGCGGCGCCCCCUGCUGCUGGUUGGUGUGUUGGAUUUUCCGUCUCAGAUGUCUGAACUUAAACAGACUCUACAGCUCAGAGAUGCUACAGGAGGUGUGGCCUGUGUCGCCACGGAAACCAGCGAGGACGACAGCGGAGGACAGAGAGCGUCCUACAACACCGCCUGGAUAGGAUGUCUGGUGUGUGUCCGACAGUUCACCAUGGUAACGGAGAGAUUCCUCCAAUCAGAUUUCCCUUCCUACCAACACCUGGACCAGGAGAAGUUCAUCACUGACAGACAGACCAGAGUUUACCUGCAGUUUUCUCUGGACCACCUCCACAUCCUGAGUCCAUCUGUCGCCAUGGUAACUCACCUGAGGCAGAAGGGGGAGGAGUCAGCAGGUGAUGUCACAGCAGAAGAAGAAAAGACUGCAGACGGGAAGAGGAAAAGAGAAGAAACAGGCUCCUCCCUCUCUGCCUCCUCUGUUACCAUGACAACGAGCUCUGUGGCCGGCAGCCCCCGGCCCUGCGUCUCCAUGGUGAUCAGGGUGGAGCAGAAGGAGGGCGUGGCCUGGAGGAACACGGGGGCGGAGACAAAGGAGGAGGCGGGGCUGACACUGUGCUUCUCAGCCAGAGCUGCUGUGAUUGGUCCAGUGGUCAGAUGGGGGCGGGACCCAAAGAAUGAACCAAUGACAGCCAGAGAGGCAGAGAGGGAGGGAGAGGACAAGGUGGUGCUGGUGUUCUCAGGUGCGUCUGCUCGAUGGUUUCCUGUCCUCCAUCCUGGAUGUUUCUACAGACUCAUUGCUGUUCACACUCAGGAUCCCAGUGUUUUGAUUAGCUCUGGAAUCUCUGGACAGAGUGGGGUGGAGCUGCACACUGACUCCACCCUUCAGGUCACGUCUGAUUGGAGGUUCCACACUCUGACACGCCCACAGCUGCUGCACACCUGCAGACAGGUUCUCUCAUCCAUGGUCCUUUCUGUCUCUGAGGUUUUGGACAGCAGGUCAGAGGUGGUGUGUUUCCAGGGUCUAGUGUCUGAGAGGAUCAGUGUAAGAGACAGGACCUCCCAUUAUGGACACACAGGUGAACACUCAGGUGUGCGUCUCACGCUGUGUGACCAAAGUGGGAGGAGUCUCCAUGUGUACCUGGACUUAAGCCACACCCCCUACCCACCUGGACUGUUGCCUGGCAACACCUUGCUGCUGUCUGCUGUGCAGAGGAGGCAGUCCAGGACAGGAAGUGUGUACUGCAGGUUUCUACCUGUCAGCUCAAUAACCGUCAUCUCUCAGGGAGAAACCAGCUUGGCCCCGCCCCCUCCUCCUGCUCCCAUCAUGCAUCUGGGUCCGUGGGCUCUGAGCUCAGAGCAGAGGUGCAUUGUGGGUCAGGUCAAAGGUCACGUGGUGUGUUUCCUGUUCCUGCAACUGCAGUGGAGCUGCUCGCUGUGUGGCAGCGUGUACACACAGUCCUGCUGUUCUCUUCAGUGUCGUUCAACUUCGUCCAUCUUUCAGUCCAAAGCAAAGCUGGUGAUUGACGACGGGACAGGUGAGGCUCACGUCUGGUUCUCAGGUGCGCUGGUUCGUUCUCUGCUGGGAUUGGCUGAUUCUCAGUGGGAGGGGCUUCAGAGAGCACUCAGGGUUAAAGGUCACAUCAGAGUCUACCCCCGGGGGCGGAGUUUGGUGUGUGAUGGUGACUCUGAUGACUCUCUCUUUAACUUCCUGAUGUGUGCGUGCAGCAGUGAUGUCAUCUGUCAGCCGAUUUCCCUCACCUGCAGGAAGCACACCUACCUGAGAACACAAGAGGUGAGGAGGUUCAGUCGAGCAGACAGAGACUUCGUCACCACGUUGCUCCGCCCUCUGCAGCUCACCUGUCAACACCUGCACUGAACCAGUCUUUGUUGUUUUCUGCCUGUUGUCAUGGCAACACCUGAAUCUAAGCCCCGCCCCUCAAUGUUGACCCAUCUGAAGCAAUGUAACCAGUCCUGUUUCUGAUCGGUGUCAUUGAUUAGGUAUUGAUCUGCAGUAAACUGAUAUUCUGAAGGAUCUGAGGAACGUUGUUCUUUGUUCCACACUCUGUUUCCAUUAGCAGGCUAUAGCUAAUGCUGAUACUACAGCUAACAGGCUAAUGCUACGGCUAGCACGCUAAGAGCUCAGCCAGUCUGGUAACCCUAACCCCAAAAAACGUCAUAGUUUAGCCUUUGGGAUGAAAAAACACCAUCAUAUACAUCGUAUAUUGUACAAAUAAGUCAAAGGAAAGAGACAUACAUUGUAGAAUUGUAGUAAUUGUGGGCUGACUGAUUUACUGAUUAUCAGUAUUUUAUUUUUUACUGAUUUACAGUAAUAAAUACAUUUAAAAAUGG